AUGGUGCUGCUCACGACGUCGGACAAUGAGCAUUUCACAGUGGACCGUGAUGUUGCGGAGCGCUCAAUUCUUAUCAAGCAGAUGAUUGAGGAUAUUGGCGAGACGGACCAGCCUAUUCCGCUGCCAAAUGUUUCGUCAUCGGUGCUGGCCAAGGUGCUUGAGUACUGCAGUCAUCACAGGAACGAUCCGCCGACGACCGGAGAUGAGAUGGAUGAAAUGCGUCGUCGCGCGACGGAUAUUUCCGAGUGGGACGCCAAGUUUAUCCAAGUCGACCAGGAAAUGCUGUUCGAGAUUAUUCUCGCUGCCAACUAUCUGGAUAUCAAGAGUCUUUUGGAUAUCGGAUGCAAGACUGUGGCAAACAUGAUCAAAGGCAAGCAGCCCGAAGAGAUCCGCAAGCUAUUCAACAUUCACAACGACUUUACCCCCGAAGAGGAAGCGCAGAUUCGGCGCGAAAACGAAUGGGCCGAGGAUCGCUAG